AUGGAUUAUCGUCAGCUAGAUAUAACUGUGAUAUCUGCUAGUGGCUUGAAAAACGUUAACUUUUUCAUGAAGAUGGGUGUAUACGUCGUGGUUUCGUUAAUCAGCAGUAAUUCAAUCACCAAACAAAAGACCCACGUUUCAAAUUGUAACAAAAACCCCAGAUGGAACCGUAGAAUCAAUUUUGCGGUCCAGGAAUCAGCCAUCCAAACCAGCACCCUUUUAUUCAUCCUAUAUAGCAAACGUGUGUUUGGCGACAGAAUCAUUGGUGAGGUAUUGAUACCGGUUCGUGAACUUCUUGAAAAUGUGCCAACGACAACAGGUGAACAUACAGUUGAAUACCAAGUUUGUUCCAUUAGAGGAACAUCAAGAGGUACUUUCACAUUUUCCUACAAAUUUCAAGAGAGGAAUAAUAACGAUAACAACACUUUUCAUCCCAUAUACGCGAUGCAACAAGGGGUGCUGUCUUGUUGUGGCGGGCAGGGACCCUAUCCGCCACCUCAAGGGUACCAUGCGUACGUCGGGCACCCCCAACAGGUUGGUGGAUGGUACCAACAAUCGUACCUUCAUCAACAGAUGGGUUAUGGAUUUAGUCAGCAACAACGCCAAGAGUAG